GUGGGUAUGUGUGUGUACAACAUCUAACCUAUAUGAUCCUUGUCUCUCACUCCAGCCACCACGAGACCCAGCAUGCGAACAUCCUCAACUCGAUGUGGAUGAUUGCAAUAACGUUCCUCUCCAUUGGCUAUGGAGACAUAGUGCCUAAUACUUACUGUGGCCGAGGCAUCGCCAUCUUUGUUGGACUUAUGGGUGCGGGUUGCACAGCACUGGUGGUGGCGGUGAUAGCCCGGAAGUUGGAGCUGAGUCGUGCAGAGAAGCACGUGCAUUACUUCAUGAUGGAUACACAGCUCACCAAGAGGUUGAAAAACGCCGCGGCCAACGUCCUGAGGGAGACCUGGUUGAUAUACAGGUACACCAAGUUGGUGAAGAAAGUGAACGUGAGCAAAGUGCGGACGCAUCAACGCAAGUUCCUGCAGGCUAUUCACAGCUUGCGGAGGGUGAAGAUGGAUCAGCGGAAGCUGACAGAGAACCAAAGCACGCUAGUAGACAUGGCCAAG